AGCGUCAAAACAACAAUAAAAUAAACAGCAGCUGGCCGUGCGCGUGAGAAGCGGGGACCGGGCUCGCUUUCGAUUGCUAUGGCUAAUCAGAGUGCAAUUGAAAGCCUAGAUGCUUUAGAGGUGGAGCCGGUGGGUCAUAUCGCAGGCGAGUGUUCCUCCCGAGCAGUCAACUCAGGUGUAGAGAUGGCGGAGAAAGAGGAAGAGCAGCUUGAGGCAGACAUAAACCCUGCAGGCACUUAUCCACUGUGUCCUAUAUCUAAGCUGAUUAACUGGAAAAGACCAUUACGGACUUCCGUUUUCUUCGCAACUACAAAUAUUGUCUUUUGGUUGGUGUCCCUCAGUCCCUGUCGAGUAUUCAGCCUUGUCUCCAUGUGUCUGGAUGUCUUAGUUGUGAUACAGCUUGUGAGAGAUGUGGCUCUUUCCAGAUCAAGAGGUGCCACUUUAUGGAGGAGAAUGACAAGCAGUUGGGAGGUCAUUGACUCGGUCCAGGAAGGCAAGCCUGGAUCAGUAUCUCCAUUCACAGACUUUUGGACGAGCUUCAAGCUGUUCAUUGAAGAGGCUUCUUCUUUUAAGCAGCAGAAUCCAGGCAAGUUCUGUCUGCUGGUAUGCAGUAUGUGUUCCUUUUUGGCAAUACUUGGACGCUACAUUCCAGGGGUUGUUAUUUCAUACAUCUUAGUGCUGGGCAUAUUUCUUUGGCCUUUGGGGUUGUCACAUGAGUUUGGGAUGUGGUUGGAGCCAGUUCUGCAGAAACUGGACUUUGGUGUGGGCGUGUUUCUUCAGAAAAUAAAGGAGAAUCAUGAGAGGAGGAUACUCCAGUCACAAGCCAACAGAGAGAGCAUUGAAGCAGACCUGUCUGCUCUUUUUCCCAAGCUGGACUCAACAAUGUGCAAGGAGCUGUCUGUAUCAGACACAGAGGUCUCGGAAAUGACGUGGACAGACAAUGGCACCUUUAACCUUUCAGAGGGACACACACCUCAGACGGAGACCUCUGAUGACUCAGACCGGCGAAGUGAUGAGGAAGUCUUCACGUGUGGAUUUCCAGAGUUUCCCUCCCUGGACAAUGGCUUGGGGACAAAUGGUGAGGAUGAUGAGGAUCUAAGCAUCGGUAUGCCUACCCCACCAGCCCAUCCCAGCAGGGUCGGGUCCACACAGUCAGAAGAGGAACCUAUAGUCCAGGCCCUGGAGGUUGUGCAGAGGCUGGCUGGAGACAUGAUCACGGCAGCUGUCACAGCAGCCAUGCAGGAACGCCUGGAGGCCACAGUAGCGCCAAUGCUGGUCCAGGCACUGACUGAGGACAGCGAAGCAGAGGACUUUGAGAUGUUGGACCAAUCAGAGCUAGAAGAGCUAGAGGGGGAGCUGGGGAUGGGCAGGGCAAGCCGUCCAGAUUCGUCAAAACCCAGCAAACCUUCAGGCUUUCUCUCUAAACUACUGGGGCACCACUAGUCUUGUUCAGAGGGCUUCUGAUUCCCUCUAUGAUGGGAUGUGGGUGGGAGGAUAAAUGUCGGGUUUACAGGGAAAAGUCCAGAGUAAUGAAGAUAUUCCAUUGUUUUACUUUGCAGGUGUGAUUCAGUCAUUUUGAGGAGGGAGGAUAAUUGUGUAUUACAGGGGGAGGGUGGAAUAGUGGCUAGUAUUGGCAUAAACUCCAUCUGAGAGGGUCAUUGGAAAAUAGGGCCAGGCAAAAUUUAGGAUGUAAGAAUUAAUUUAUUAAAUGAAUGAUUUGGAAUUUGCAUCGAGUCACAUUCAACAGGAAGUUGAUUUGGAAUUUAUUUGGAAUGCCAGGAUAAAUUAUUUUGUGAAUUUCAUGAAAUUCAAGACAGUCACACAAACACACGUUUUGUGACAAAAGCCUUGAUCUUGUUAAAUGUUCUUCCACCAUGGUCCAUAUAAUUACAUUUAUUAAAGUGAUAGUUCACCCAAAAAAUUAUAAUUCUCUCAUAAUUGUAUUCAUCCUUAUGCUGUCCCAAACUCAUAACUUAUUUUCUUCUGUGGAACAUAAACAAAGAAAUGUUCAUAGAUAUAGAGUUAUGUGUGUGUAAAUCCAUACAAUACAUGUACAGCUCUCUAAACCUGCGUCACGUGCAAGGAAAGGUAAUGAGCUUCUCAUUAACGCGCCAAGUAGACUACCAAAGAAAGUGAUCUGAGUUUGAGACGGCUUAAGGGUGAGUAUAUAAUGGGAAUAAUCAUAUAUACUAUGCAUACAAGUGUAUACAUACAGUACACUAAAUAUAUAUAUAUAUAUAUAUAUAUAUAUAUAUAUAUAUAUAUAUAUAUAUAUAUAUAUAUUAAUUAUACACACACACAUACACUCACUGAGCACUUUAUUAGGAACACUGUCCCGAUGUGGUCUUCUGCUGUUGUAGCCCAUUCGCCUCAAGGUGUACAGAGUGUUUAUCUGAGUUACCGUAGCCUUUCUGUUAGUUCAAACCAGUCUGAACAUUCUCCGCUGACCUCUCAUCAAUAAGGCAUUUCCGUCCACAGACCUGCCGAUCGCUGGAUGUUUUUUGUUUUUGGCACCAUUCGGAGUAAACUCUAGAGACUGAGUAUUUCUGUAACUGCUGAUCUCCUGGGAUAUUCAUGCACAACAAACCAGCCCGUUUGGAACCAACAAUCAUUCCAUGUCGAAAUCACUGAGAUCACAUUUUUUCCACAUUCUGAUGGUUGAUGUGAACAUUAGGAUUUUCCCACUUCCCAGACAUUCUCUGUUGACCUCUAUCAUCAACAAGGCAUUUUUAUCUGUAGAACUGCCGCUCACUGGAUGUUUUUUGUUUCUGGAACCAUUUAAAGUAAACUCGAGAGACUGUUGUGCAUGAAAAUCCCAGGAGAUCAGCAGUUACAGAAAUCCUCAAAUCAGCCGUCUGGCACCAACAAUCAUUCCAUGGUCGAGAUCCCAUUUUUCCCCAUUCUGAUGGUUGAUGUGAACAUUAACUGAAGCUGCUGACCCGUGUCUGCAUGAUUUUAUGCAUCACACUGCUGCCACGUGAUUGGCAAUUUAGAUAAUUGUAUGCAUAAGUAGGUAUACAGGUGUUACUAAUAAAGUGCUCAGUGAUGUGUAUAUAGAGUAUUUAUACUAAUAUAUAUAUAUAUAUAUAUAUAUGUAUGUGUGUGUGGUAAAUAAACAAUUUAUUUUUGUGGCAUGUAUAACAUGAAUAUCAGCUAAUGUUAAAUAAUGGAAAUAUGAAAAAUCGUAAAAACACGUGCCUCCAAAUAUUGUUUAAAUCCAGGUGCACAACCAAAAAAUAGGAAUCUAUAAAAAUACAUAUUGAAGUCGGCACACUGUUGCUCCCAAAUCAAUUUAAUAAGCUAACAAAGAGACAAAUUGAUGUUUCGUUUAGUUAGAAAUGUCACAUACGUUUGUCUCUUGUUGAGCUUAUUAAAUUGAUUUGGGAACAGCAGUGUGCAGACUUUGAUGUAUGUUUAAAUAAUGGAAAUAUCCCAUAUAUUGUGUAUGACAACAUGUUAAUGGGUAUCUGAUACUGUAAAAGGAAAUGUUGACUAUAUUAAAAACCACAGUAUCUUUGAAUUUAAUUUCAUUUUAAUUCCACUUCCUUGAAUUUGAAUUCAAAUUACAAUGCUGCAUCCUUUUUGCUACCUCAAUUCAAAUUAUUUUCUAAAUCAGGAUUUGAAUUUAAAAGGCAUUCACAAUUCAGUUCUGAAUGCACACAACCCUGUUGAGGAAAACUAUUUUCACAAUGUUUCCCCUCAUCUUUAUAUAGGACACCAACCUGCCAAUCACCAGAGGGUUAUGGACCAGACUUAUGACAUUAGUUUAGCUGUUAAAGGGCUGGUAGAUGCAGGAUAUCUUGCUGCCAAAUGAUUUUCUCUAUACAACUUCUUCAUCUCUCCUUUAAAAUGCUUAAUGGCCAACGACACAGGGCCUCCCACUAAUUGACAAUCAGCAGGACUUUUACAUUGGUAGUACUUAUUUAGCAAACAGAAUCACCAUAUUUAAUGUGUAGUGCAAAUGUGGAGAAUAAUAUUUUUUAUUUUAAAUGUUUCGUGUUAUAAGUUAUUUAGUGUAAUCCUUUGCAUGAGUAAACAAGUUUUAGACUGUUCUGUUACUAAUUGCACCUUUUAGAGUGAUACAGCUAGGCACUGGAGCACAAAGUUGAACAGAUUCUACUUCAUAUUGACAUUAAACAAAAAAGUGCUUAUUGUACACAGCUAAUCUUAAAAGGAAACUUCACCCCCAAAAUUUUAAAUUCUGCCAAUAUUUGUUCCAAACCAGAAUGACUUAACACAAGAUAUUACAUAGAAUGUUAGGGACUGUCAAACUCAGUCACCAUUCACUUUCAUUUUAUGGGAAAGAGUAGCGUCAACUUUCCUCAAAACAUAUCCUCUUACAGUUGAAGUCAGAAGUUUACAUGCACCGUAGCCAAAUACAUUUAAACUCAGUUUUUCACAAUUCCUGACAUUUAAUCGUAGAAAACAUUCCCUGUCUUUGGUGAGUUGGAUCACUAGUUUGUAUUAAGAAUGUGAAAUGUCAGAAUAACAGUAGAGAGAAUUAUUUAUUUCAGCUUUUAUUUCUUUCAUCACUUUCCAGUGGGUCAGAAGUUUGAUAUAUUAUUAUUAUUUGGUAGCAUUGUCUUUAAAUUGUUUAACUUUGGUCAAAUGUUUUGGGUAGCCUUCCACAAGCUGCUCACAAUAAGUUGCUGGAAUUUUGGCCCAUUCCUCUAGACAGAACUGCUGUAACUGAGUCAGGUUUGUAGGCCUCCUUUCUCACACACACUUUUUCAGUUCUGCCCACAAAUUUUCUAUCAGAUUGAGGUCAGGGCUUUAUGAUGGCCACUCCAAUACCUUGGCUUUGUUGUCCUUAAGCUAUUUUGCCACAACUUUGGAGGUAUGCUUGGGUUCAUUGUCCAUUUGGAAGACCCAUUUGCGACUGAGCAAAUUUUUGUUUCAUCAAAAAACAUUUUUGGACAUUUCUCCAAAAAGUAAGAUCUUAGUCCCCAUGUGCACUUGCAAACUGUAGUCUGGCUUUUUGUAUGGGGAUUUUGGAGCAGUGGCUUCUUCCUUGCUGGGCAGCCUUUCAGGUUAUGUCAAUAUAGGACUCAUUUUACUGUGGAUUUAUAUACUUGUCUACCUGUUUCCUCUAGCAUCAUCACAUAGUCCUUUGCUGUUGUUCUGGGAUUGAUUUGCACUUUUCACAGAUCAUGUCUCCUUCCUGAGUGUUAUGAUUGCUGCGUGGUCCCAUGGUGUUUAUACUUGCAUACUAUUGUUAUACAGAUGAAUGUUGUACCUUCAGGCAUUUGGAAAUUGCUCCCAAGGAUGAACCAGACUUGUGGAGGUCCACAAUUUUUGUUUCUGAGGUCUUGGCUGAUUUUCUUUUGAUUUUCCCAUGAUGUCAAACGAAGAGGCACUGAGUUUUAAGGUAGGCCUUAAAAUACAUCCACAGACCACCUGUAAUUCAGUACACCUCCUAUCAGAUGCUGAUUGGCAAAUUGCCUAAAGGCUUGGAAUUUUCCAAGCUGCUUAAAGGCACAGUUAACUUGGUGAAUGUAAACUUCUGAUCCACUGGAAUUGUGAUUAUUGUCAGUUAAAUGUGAAUCAAUCUGUUUGUAAACAAUUGUUGGAAAAAUUACUCAUGUCAUGCACAAAGUAGAUGUCCUAAAUGACUUGCCAAAACUAUAGUUUGCUAAUAUUAAUUCUGUGGAGUGCUUAAAUGAGUGGUAAUGACUUCAACCUAAGUGUAUGUAAAUUUCUGACUUCAACUGUAUGUGUUUGGAAUGGCAUUAAGGUACCGUAAAUGAUGACUGAAUUUUCUUUUUUAGGUGUACUUAACCAUUUAAGAUUGCCAUUUUUAAGAAUGUUUAAUGUAAUACAGAAAACAUAUUUAAUCACUAAGAACAAUGUAGAGGGAAUACAACUGUUAGUCUUUUAGUCCGUCAUAUAAAUCAAAAUCUCUUUGAGACACUUUGUUUGCUAUAUCCGAAAAAGAGACAAGACUCUAAUCAAUUAACCCAUUAUUCAUAUUGCCUCUUUUAACAAUGGAAUUAGGUGCAAACAGUAUAAACAAGACGGUUUCUGUUCACAAUAAGGGUACUUGGUGUGUGUCUAAAUUUAGUAUUUCUAGCAAACUUAUAUUUGUAACAGUGAACAUUAUGAAUUUUUGUUUUGAGAUGUGUCUAACAUAGUGGCUGAAUGUGGAUUUCUGGAAUCAGAAAGUCUUUUUUUUUGCCACUCAUAAUAAUGAAAAUAUCCAAAAAGUAUUCUAAUCAGUGUCAGUUUGAAUUUUUUUAUAUAAUAAUAUUAUUUAUUCCAAAUAUAUAUCUCUCCCAUUUCAUUGCUGCCACACACAUAUGAUUGCCUUAUAUGCCUGUGCAAGUUGUCUGUCAGAGCAGAAGUGAAUAAGCAAAAUAUAGUUAAAAGAUAAUCUCAAGAAUGUGAUUAAAACUGUAUGAUUCAAUAUUGGAGCCUUUUGUCUGUUUCUUGAACGAGGUUUGCAAUGGAAGAUAUCUGAAUUGACUUGUUGGAAAAUACACUAAUUUGGGGCAAAAUAUAGUUCGAAUACAGGUAAAGUGGGAAACUUUAAGUUUUUGUAUUUGAUAGUUCUUCCUUUUUCCUCUGCAUAAUGUUGGGGAGAACUUUAGCUAUGUACAAUAGUAUUGUCUGAGGGGCUAAGCCAUUUGGGAUUAUAUUUUAAAACAAUGGCAAUGACAAAUUAACAGUACGCCAAGUGUACCACUAUAUUCCUCUAUAGCUAAUUGUCCCAAAAUGCAAGAUUAAACAGGUUAUACCAAAAGUAUUCAUUAUGUUAUGAUCUAGGUACCAGUUAAAUAUGGGGUACUUCCCUGUUUGAUGGUUAGCUAGGUAAGGGGAGGCACAGGCUUCCUCAUAAAUCUGACACUUUUGAACAGCAGCACCUGGUGAUUUACACAAAGGCUCUUACAGUGUACCUCUAAACAUCAGCAGCAGUACAUCAAACUUUUUCUUGAGUCGGCAGAAUAGCAACAGUCAUGUUUUGGUGUGUAUGAUUUCUGUACAGUAACUGUGGAACUUAAGAAUACGCUCAGCACAAACCCUUUGGACAUGGAAGUGAAUGUACCAAAUUAAAGCAUUUAAGUUUUCA